UGAUUGGCUGACUGGGGCUCUGCUGGAGCCAAGGUGAAGAGCUGAGGGUUCGAGUUCCCGAGAGCAGCAGAAGGCGUGUUUUCUAGUCUGUCCCUGAGCCUGUCCAAAAUGUCAACCACUGGACUUUUAACCAUGCGUGCAUAUAUUUGCAGACGCUUGGGUCACAAAUGUCUCUCAAGAAGCUACACAUCUCGUCCUUCCCUAAAUGAGGUGGUCAUUGUCAGUGCAGUGCGUACACCUAUGGGCUCCUUCAAAAGCUCUUUGUCUUCUGUUCCAGCCACAAAACUAGGCUCUGUAGCAAUAAAAGGGGCCAUAGAACAAGCGGGAAUUGCACCGGAAGAAGUAAAGGAAGUCUACAUGGGCAAUGUUCUUCAGGCUGGAGAAGGACAAGCUCCUACAAGACAAGCUCUGCUCGGAGCAGGCUUGACACUCGGCACUCCUGCAACUACAAUAAACAAGGUGUGUGCAUCUGGGAUGAAGUCCAUAAUGAUGGCAGCUCAGAGUCUCAUGUGUGGACACCAGGAUGUCAUGGUGGCUGGAGGCAUGGAAAGCAUGUCCAACGUGCCUUAUGUAAUGGCCAGAGAGGCCCCUGCCUACGGAGGAGUGAAGAUGGAGGACCUCAUUGUCAAGGACGGGCUCACUGACGUCUACAACAAAUUUCACAUGGGAAACUGUGCAGAAAACACGGCAAAGGUCUACAAGAUCCCAAGAGAAGAGCAAGAUGCUUAUGCGAUUGGCUCCUACAGUCGCAGCAAAGCAGCAUACGAGUCUGGAGUCCUGGCCAAAGAGAUUGUACCAGUUAGCAUUCCCCAGAGAGGUAAACCAGAUGUUGUUGUGUCUGAGGAUGAAGAAUGGAGAAGAGUGGACUUCAGUAAAGUCCCCAAACUGAAGGCUGUCUUCCAAAAAGAGAACGGCACUGUUACAGCAGCUAAUGCUAGCACCCUGAAUGAUGGAGCUGCUGCUCUUGUAUUAAUGACCGCUGAUGCUGCAAAGAGGCUCAACGUCACCCCUCUCGCCAGGAUUGUGUCAUUUGCUGAUGCUGCAGUUGCUCCCAUUGAUUUCCCAAUUGCUCCUGCAUUCUCAGUACCAAAGGCACUGGCGGCAGCGGGACUGAAAAAGGAGGAUAUUUCUAUGUGGGAGAUCAAUGAGGCGUUCAGUGUGGUGGUUCUGGCAAACAUUAAGAUGCUUCGUAUUGACCCUGAAAAAGUGAAUGUGAAUGGAGGAGCCGUGUCUCUGGGACACCCCAUCGGCAUGUCUGGAGCAAGGAUUGUCGGUCACAUGGUUCACAACCUGAAGUCUGGAGAGUAUGGACUGGCUGGUAUCUGCAAUGGAGGGGGCGGGGCAUCCUCUAUUAUCAUCCAGAAACUGUAGGAUCUGUGCUUCAUGAAAACUGUUCUUCAACCAGAAUACUACUCAUGACCUUUUUGUUGACCUUUUUCUUUUUCAUGUGAUUGUCCAAAAUGACACUGCCUGUAAGGAAGUAGACUGUUACCGUUUCAACAGGGGAAUAAACACUCCUGGUGACAUCAUGCCUAGUGUCUAAGACACUCCUUCUUUGGACAUGUUGUGCAAAUAUUUAAUAUUUAACUGAAUAGGUCAUAAAAGCGUUGAAGUGUGCCGUGUAAAAAUAAAUCUAAAUGCAAUGGCCUUAGUUUUUUUUAUCUACAUAAAUUUGAGAAUUUAAGUCAAACCUUGGUAUUUUCAUUGUCCAUUAGAGGGUGCAGUAUGCAUAACUUUUUGUCAAGGUGUUUUUUAAUAAUAAUGUCUAGAAAGUUUGACCAGUAUUUCUAGAUAGAUGAUCAGUUUCUUACGAACAUCUUGUCCUGUGCAUUGUAUGACUGAAGUCUUUUUUGUCUGUGCCUAUUACACAGUUAAAUAACAAGUUAAACAUUGAUUUAACCUGAGAGCCUUUCAAAUCAAAUGUUUUCUAUGUCUUUGUUUAGCACUUGGGCAAUUGUUCUGCCAUUACUCAUUAAUCUAGUCUGACUUUGGAGAAGAAUAAACAAUAAACUGUAUUCACAUAA